CAAAAAAGGAUUGUGUAAAGAAACCACGCUGACAAUGGCUUCUCUUCGGCGCCAUUCACCGAUUGAAUCUGGCAGGGGCGGCGAUGGGAUAGUAUCUCAAGUCUCAGAUUAUCCGAUCGUCAGAAAGGGCAAGGGCAAAGCCUGUGACGCUGCGUACGUGGCCAAGCGUCUCCUGAAGAGCACCGGCAAGGCGGCCUGGAUCGCCGCGACCACUUUCAUCGUGCUAGGGCUUCCUCUAAUAAUUGAAAUGGAUAGGGAGGCGCAGUUCAAUGAAGCCGAGAUGCAACAAGCUUCGCUUCUCGGCGGUGUUUCCCCCGCCCAACCAGCCUUCGUGAAUCCGCCCAAGUGAUUGAUUUCAUACUCUGCUGUAUUUCGAAAAUUAGGUUUUUAGAUUUAGCCUCCGGGAGAGAUGAAUAUUGCGUCUGGUUUCAAUUUUCCACGAGGUUUAAUGGUAAUGGUGCUGCUUGUUGCUGUUGAAUUUCGUUUAAUUUGAUUAAAUUUCCGUGGCCCCUUUCAUAUUGAUUAAUUUUGUGCUUUAUACUUUGAAGCUUGUAUAUGUAUAUACAGUUCUUGAUAAUUAAAUGGUUUUGACAGAGGAUUAA